AUGGGCCAGGCCGCCGAGCUUAACCCGCUGAACGGCGCAACGACAGUCGAGCACCUCGCGACGAUCACGCACGUCGAGCCCGCGACGGCGUCGACGGAACACAUCCUCACGCUCGGCGACGCGGCGGCGAUCCUCGACGACUGCCAUGAAGGCGACUCGAUUUGCGUGAACGGCGCGUGCCUCACCGUACUCUCGUUCGACGCCGACAGCUUCAAGGUCGGCAUGGCGCCCGAGACGCUGACGCGCACCAACCUCGGCGCGCUGCGCGUCGGGGACAAGGUUAAUUGCGAGCGCGCGAUGGCCGCCAAGUCCCGCUUUGGCGGGCAUGUCGUGCAGGGCCACGUGGAUGCCGUCGCGACCAUCAAGCAGGUCGUUCCGGAUGGUGCGAGCUUGCGGUAUACGUUUGUGUUUGGCGAGGACGACGCGCGGUUCAUGCCGUAUGUCGUCGAGAAGGGAUUUGUUACCGUCGACGGCGCGAGCCUCACCCUCACCGGCGUGGAUGACCAGGAGCUGUCGUUUGGCAUCAUGCUCAUCGCCCACUCUCAGAGCAAGCUCACCCUCACCGGGAAGAAGGCUGGCGACAAGGUCAACAUCGAGGUCGACUGCGUCGGCAAGUACAUCCUUGGACACGAGAGCCGGAUGGCAGGGCUCGUUGAGCGUGUGGUUGACCGCCGGCUGGCAGAGCUUGGUCUCCUUAAGCAGUAG